AUGCACAUUCUCUUGGAUACAGUCUGUGAACGAGCAAGUUUCAAUCUCUCCAAGAAGGCUCUCCCGAUCCAGCAAACGAAACCAGAGGUGAACAUAACUUCAACACUUACAUUUAUUGCAUCUAUAGCAUCUGCCACGACUACUCCGCUGGCAGAUAUGCAAAAGAAAACUGUGUUUUUGCUUGCCAUGACAGCCUUUUUUUGUCCUUCAGACUUGUCUCGCUUGCAAUUGAGUUCAGCACAGAUACACCCACACACUGAAACACUUACUUUUGACGGGAAGUCGCCCAAGGAAAGACGCAAGCGACGCCGCAUUAUCAAGAUCAUUCGGGUACAGCGCCACAGCACCCAUUCUCUUUGCCCUGUCCUAGCAUUUGCACACUACGUGACCAUCCAAAAGCGAUAG